GUUUUUGCUGUUUUAGAUUGAAUGUUAAUAAAAGUUUGAGCUUUGCAUCAUUUUAAUAUAUUUUCUUACUUUUCAAAAUUACGCUCUGGUCCACGAAAUGAGAAUUUAAGAGAUAAGAACAUAAAAAUCCAUCCAGUCACAAUAUUGACAUGUCACAGUAAAGUUUAAAAUGUCGAAUCUUAAAUAUUUUAGAAUUCUGAUCAUAUUGACAACCUUAAUUCACCAAAACCUUGCAAAUUCAUCAACAAUCAACUGCGACUUCAAAAAAUUUGGCUCUGCUUAUCAAUGCGUAGUUAAAAAUGUCGAAAUCUUCAAAACUAAAAACACUUUGACUGAUGCAAUUGGAUCACAUGAUGGAUUAAAGACCAACGAUGAUGUCUCGUGGAUCAUUAUCAGCCAUGGCAUCAUUAACAAAUUCCCAGCUGGAAUUGACAAAAUCUUCAAAAAUCUCGAAGGAAUCAGAAUCACAAACAUGGAUUUAAAGUCAGUUAAUCAAGAAGAUUUAAAAGCUAUCAAAAAAUUAAAGUUUCUGAAUCUUAGUUCCAAUAAAAUCACGAGAAUUGAUGCCAAUUUAUUCCAAUUUAAUCCACAACUUGAGCACAUUUCAUUGUCAAAUAACGAAAUCAGUCACAUUGACCCUCAAGCUUUUAGUGGCUUGAAAAGCUUAAAUCAACUUUUUCUGAGAGGAAAUAAAUGCAAAAACAAGCUACUGUUAAGGUCUGCGGAAGAUAAAGAACAAGUCAGAAAGCUUAUUCGAGAUAUUGAAGCUGGAAACUGUGAAUAAAAGAUUUUUUUUUUAAAUUUUUGCUAAA